UGCACUGAGAAAUCUGGCCAGUCAUUUCCUGUGCGAGCCCUCCUUCACUUUGCAAAAAGCCACACAGUUGAGUAAAUCCCAGGGAUCUGGGGCUGUUCCUCCUCCCAGGCAGCCUGGAUUCUCUCAUGGAGCAGCAGCAGCCUGGAGUUGCACCCUGUGCCAUUGGCAGCCUGCUGGAAUGAGCCUGGGCUUCUCUGCAGGGCUGCUCUCCCAUGGAUGGAAGUCGUUCUGGCUCUGCCUUCGUGCCAAUUAACACUUCUGGGUGCUUGGUUUCUGCUGGGAGGUUGUUUCCCCUCUGAAGGAGCCUUGUCAGAUCAGUUCUUGGGUGGAGCUCGCAGCAACUUCUGGCGCUCUGUCUGUGCAAGACUGACAGUAAAUAACUCCUGAGAGAUGGAAACUGCAGCUGAGAAAUGAUUGUGGGGAGAGGAAGACAGAAAAGCACAAGCAAAGUGUUAUGGAAGUGCAGAUAUCCUUCUGAAGGAUUCAGCAGAUGCACCAGCUAUGGAGUCUGGCUGUAGCAAGGGAGAUUUCUCUCCGGAGGAAACCUGUUAACCAUUUGGAGGGAGUGCAUGGGAAUGAGGAGGAGUUUUUAGCCAAAGCUCUGCUGCAGGUUUAGUGCCCCAACAGGGAGCAUCUCUGUGCAUCUGCAGGACCAUCCCUGCUGGCCAUGGAUAAAUUCACAAAUGGGCAGCCAGGCCCAGCUCAGAGGAACAGGCUCAUAGGAUUGCUAGAAACUGAUGACAGCAUCCAGGAAGAUAAACCUGCCCCGAGCAAAAAGGAAGAGAGGUCAGGCCAUGGAAGGAAAGGAGAGCCACAACCCUUGGAGACCCCUUAUCAGAAGGAGAGCAGUGAAUUUGCCCCUAAAAUCAAGAUUAAUCUGAAUUAUCGGCCGGGACUCGUCAGCAACCAGAAGGACCCGAAUCGCUUUGACAGGGAGCGCCUGUUCAGCGCCGUGGUCAGGGGCAGCCCCGAGGCACUGCAGGGUUUGCUGGAGUAUUUAAGGAGGAACUCCAAAUUCCUCACCAAUUCCGAGUACACAGAUGCAAAGACUGGGAAGACCUGCUUAAUGAAAGCCCUGCUGAACUUAAAAAAUGGGAGGAACGACACAAUCCCAGUGCUGCUGGAAAUAGAUCAAAAGACACAGAACCCCAGGCCACUCGUCAACGUGUCCUGCUCUGACUGUUUCUACAGAGGCCAGACUGCCCUGCACAUUGCCAUCGAGAAAAGGAGCCUGGAGAUGGUGAAACUGCUGGUGGAGAAUGGAGCUGAUGUCCAUGCCAGAGCCCACGGGGAAUUCUUCAGGAAGAAGAAAGAAGGAGUUUACUUUUAUUUUGGUGAACUCCCCCUCUCCUUGGCUGCCUGCACCAACCAGCUGGAUGUGGUGGAUUAUCUUUUAAACAACCCCCACCAGAAGGCCAGGCUGCAGGAGCAGGACACCCAGGGCAACACAGUCCUGCACGCCCUGGUGAUGAUUGCGGACGACACCGAGGAGAACACCAAGUUUGUCAGCACAACCUACGUGGAGAUCCUGAAGGCAGGUGUGAAGCUGGACCCCACCUGCAAACUGGAGGAGAUUGUGAAUUAUGAUGGAUUAAACCCCCUGCAGCUUGCUGCCAAGACAGGCAAAGUGGAGAUCUUCAGGCACAUCAUCCAGAGGGAGAUCAAGGAGCCCGUGUACCGGCACCUGUCGCGCAAGUUCACCGAGUGGACGUACGGCCCCAUCCACGUGUCCCUGUACGACCUCUCCUCCCUGGACAGCUUCGAGGAGAACUCUGUGCUGGAGAUCCUGGCCUACAGCAGUGACACCCCGAAUCGGUACAAGAUGGUGGUUUUGGAGCCCCUGAACAAACUGCUUCAGCAGAAAUGGGAAACAUUUGCUUCCAAGAGAUUUUACUUCAGCUUUGUCUCCUACUUGUCAUUCAUGAUCAUCUUUACAGCCAUUGCAUACUAUCAGCCCUUGAGGGUCAAGCCUUCCUUCCCAGUGGAGUUCACAGCUGGAGGCUUCCUCUGGGUGUCUGGCCUGAUCAUUAUCUUGUUAGGAGGCAUUUACCUGAUCUUUGCUCAGAGCCUGUACCUGCGCAGGAGGCGCCAGUCCCUGAAGACCAUGUGCUCUGACAGCUGCAUCGAGAUCCUGAUCUUCAUCCAGGCAUUCUCCCUGCUGCUCUCAGCAGUGCUGUAUGGGGCCAGCUCAGAGAAUUACGUGGCUGUGAUGGUUUUCUCCCUGCUCCUGGGCUGGGUCAACACCCUCUACUACACCCGGGGCUUCCAGCGCACCGGCAUCUACAGCGUCAUGAUCCAGAAGACCAUCAUGAGAGACCUGCUGCGUUUCCUCUCGGUUUACAUGAUCUUCCUGUUUGGCUUUGCUGCAGCCCUGGUGACCCUGAUGGGCGAUGCCCCCUCGGUGUCCCAGAACAAGUCUCUGGCUCACCUGGAGAGCUCGGGCAGCCACGCCAUGUACGGGGGGCUGCUCAGCGUCUCCCUGGAGCUCUUCAAGAUCACCAUUGGCAUGGGGGACCUGGAUUUCCAGGAGCACGCCAGGUUCAGAUACUUUGUGAUGCUGCUGCUGCUGCUGUUUGUGAUCCUCACCUACAUCCUGCUGCUGAACAUGCUGAUUGCCCUCAUGAGCGAGACCGUCACGGAUAUUUCUGGCUACAGCAAAAGUGUCUGGAAGCUGCAGAGGGCAAUUGCAAUUCUAGAGAUAGAGAAGGCCUGGCUGUGGCGCCAGGGUGGGAAGAGGAGAUCUGGCUGCUUCAUGUCAGUGGGGCUCAAUAAGAAAGAUGAGAGGUGGUGUUUCAGAGUAGAGGAAAUUAAAUGGACAGAUUGGGCAAAGGAUGUGGGAGUUCUGAAGGAAGAACCUGGAAGCACCAGUGAUUCAGAAAUAAAUCCAGAAGAACCCAGCUCCUGGAAAAGGCCAGCACAGAAAGCAGCCCGAGCAGCAGCCCCAGAGGAGCAGUCCCUGCUGCAGCCCCAGCCAGCAGCCACAGAGAUGGUGCCUCUGCAGAGACCAACCAGGGAGCUUUGACAGCUUUUCUGGACUUUUCUCCAUCUUCAGAGGAGGAGCUCUUCCUGCAGCAGCUGCAAGGACUGCAGGCAUUGCCAGUGGCAAAGUGCAUUUGGUGCAGGACUGUGGUUCA